AUGAAGUACCGAGCACCCUCCGUUGUGACGAGCACCGCUGCAACGCCGAUGAACAAGAGCGACUCAUCGAUGGAGUUUACAUUGUAUGGCCUCAAUGAGACUACUAAUUAUUAUUUCUAUUUGUACUUCACUGAACUUGAAUCACUCGAAGCUAACCAAUCGAGAUCAUUCAAUGUAACCAUCAAUGGGGAGGUCUGGUAUGAGGCUGUUAAUCCUCUCUACUUAAACACCACUGCCAUAUACAGCUCUGCUGGUAAAUCUGGUUUUCAAAACUGCAUCUUUUCAUUCGUCAAGCUUCAAAAUUCAACUCUGCCUCCUAUUCUCAACGGCCUUGAGGCCUACUCGGCGGUUGAUGUUUCACAAUCGGAGACUGACCAAAAUGAUGUGAAUUCAAUCACUAAUGUAAAGUCAAGUUAUGGAGUAAAGAGAAAUUGGGAUGGAGACCCUUGUGUACCUGUGAAAUACUUGUGGACUGGGAUAAAUUGUAGCUACAAUGGUUUUGAUCCUCCAAUAAUUAUAUCCCUGAACUUGUCUUCGAGUGGAUUGACUGGCAAUGUAACUACACACAUAUCAAAACUCUCCAAGAUUCAAUCUCUGGAUUUGUCAAACAAUAGUUUAACUGGACCGAUUCCUGAAUUUUUGACACAGUUGCCAAACUUAAGGGUUUUAAACUUGGAAAGCAACAACUUUACAGGUUCAGUUCCAAUUGAACUCAUUGAAAAGUCAAAUAGUGGUUCGCUAUCAUUAAGAGUGGGAGAAAAUCCAAAUUUAUGUGUCUCAUCUAACUGCCUGAAGAAGAAGAAGAAAAAGAGUAGCUUAAUUCCAAUUUUAGCAUCAGUGCUUGGUGGGAUUGUUGUGACUUUGUUAAUAACAAUGGCUGCUUUUGUUGGCUUGAAAAAGAAAAAGACUAAAGAGGCCAAUGCUUUUGAGUCGUCAAAACGACCAUUUACUUACUCUGAGGUUCUUAAAAUCACAAACAAUUUUGAACGAAUCCUUGGAAAAGGUGGAUUUGGAUCAGUUUACCAUGGCAUCAUAGAUGAUGACAAUACUCAAACUCAAGUAGCUGUGAAAGUGCUUUCUUCCACUUCAUCUCAGGGCUAUCAACAAUUUCAAGCUGAGGUUCAACUUCUUAUGAAAGUCUAUCACAGAAAUUUGACUAGCCUUGUUGGUUAUUGCAACGAAGGAGUCGAUCAGAUGGCACUUAUUUAUGAGUACAUGCCUAAUGGAGACUUAGGCUCACAUCUUAAAUCAGGUGAUAGCAAUGUAAAUGUGUUGAGCUGGGAACGCAGGAUUCGGAUUGCAAUGGAUGCUGCACAAGGACUGGAGUACAUGCACAUUGGUUGUAAGCCACCUAUAAUCCAUCGAGAUGUGAAGACAGCAAAUAUCUUGUUGACUGAGAAUUUUCUAGCUAAACUUGCUGAUUUUGGUCUAUCUAGGGUUUUUCCCAAUGAUAGUGGCACUCAUGUCUCUACAGGUGUUGUUGGAACUCCUGGAUAUCUUGAUCCUGAGUAUCACAUAACAAAUUGGCUUAGUGAGACAAGUGACAUUUACAGUUAUGGUGUUGUUCUUUUAGAGAUUAUCACAAAUCAACCAGCCAUAAUCAAAAUCAGUGGGAGUGAUGAGAGGAUUCACAUAAGUGAAUGGGUUAAGUCUACAAUUGAUAAUGGUGCUAUUACAAGUGUUGUUGAUCCAAGGCUGCAGGGAAGCUUUGACACUAACUCUGCCUGGAAAGCUGUUGAAAUAGGAUUGGCUUGUGUGUCUUCCACACCCAGAGAAAGGCCUAACAUGAGUGAGGUAGUGAAUGGACUAAAACAAUGUUUGGUUGGGGAGUUAGCCACUCCAAAUAACCAUAGUCCAGCUAUGUUUACAGAAAUUAGUCCCUUGGCAAGGUAGACUACUAGGGUUAAU